CACUUCCUUCAAGACAAACACAUCCUCAUCGCCGGCGCCGGCAUCUCAGGCCUCGCAUUCACCCUCUCGCUGCACAAACUCUGGCCCAGCGUCUCCACUUCUACUCCCGUUCCCCGCAUCACGCUCAUCGAGCGCGAUCCCAGCGCCAUCCCGCCCAACCGAGAAGGCUACUCCUUAUCUCUUCGAUCCGACGCGCCAACAGCAGGGAUCCAGACGCUGCAAAAGAUGGGGCUGCUGGACAGAUUGCUGGAAGUCGCCAUUGUAGGGCUAGGAGCCGAGCACGCAGGAGCGGAAGAGGGAGGAGGAGGAGGAGAAGGCGGCUUCGUAGUCUGGAACCGCGACUGGAACCCCGUGCUCAAGAUGCGCAGCGCCACCCCGCCCGGCCUGCCCGUCGCAGGCAUGCGCAUCGCAAGAGGGCAAUUGCGCCGCGAACUCGUUUCCGCGGCGGAAUUGCUUCCCGGCGUCGAGAUCCGGUGGGGGGAGAGCGUAAUGGGCGUCUCGUCGGCCCCGUCCCCGUCUUCGGCGUCUCAAGACCGGGGGAGGGGCAGCAUCGAGGUGCAGACGUCGAAAGGGACUCUUACGGCGGAUCUCCUCAUCGCGGCCGACGGGAGUAGCAGCAAGGUGCGCGGUCUGCUGCGGCCGAGCGAUGGAUUGCAGUUUGCGGGGCCGGCGUGUAUUAUCGGGACGGCGGAGCUGAAGCACGCGCCGGCUGGAAGGGCGGAUGAGUUCGGCACGGUGAUUUCGGGGAAGGGCGCGGCGCUGUUCAUUGCGCCGGUCGAUAAGAAGGAGAUGGUUUGGUGUUUGUCGUGGCGGGUUGGGGAGCCCGUGGCGGCGAGGAGGCAGCCGCUAUCUGAGGAGGAGAGGGGGGAGCUGGUGGAGGAGGCGAGGCGGAUCGGGGUGCCGGCGCUUGGGGAGCGGUUUGAGAGGAUUUUGGAGGGGACGGAUGGGAAGGUGUUGAGUCGGUUUAGUGCGAGGGAUAAGCAGGCGUUUGCGCAUGAGGACGGGUAUGGCAAGGUCGUUUUCAUCGGGGAUGCGAAUCAUGCUGUUUCUCCGUUUGCGGGGAACGGCGCGAAUUUGGCGCUGAUGGAUGGGUGGGAUUUGGCCGAGUCGAUGGUGCUGAGUGGGGAUUUGGCGGAGGCGUUGAAGAGGUAUGAUGGGUUGGCUGUUGGGAGGGCGAAGAGGGUGGUUAGUAUUAGCCAUCUGUCGAUUCGGAUUAUGCAUGCGACGGGGUGG